UUUACUACGUUAAAAAGACCCGAUUGAAAAAAUUUUAAAAUUAUGGUUACACGUGCAUCCAGCGUCCCCCAUUUAAAUAGCAGUGGUGGCAGUAGCAAUGAAAGUGGCGUCGGUACCGGUUCUGGUUCCGGUAGUCGCCGAAGUCGACUAUCAAACUCACGUACACGUCGCCCAGGUAAAAGUUUCACGCCUACACAAGCACAAAAUACGUCUGUUGGCAUGCCACGUUCACGAAGCCUGACCCACGGCAUGCGGCGAAGUACUCCUCAGAAGACAACCAGCAGCUCCGGUGCUAUAAACUCGAGGAAUACUCCGGUUUUUUUACGUUCACGUGAGAAUGAAAUUGGUAGUGCAGAUACAUUGGAAAUAGUGGCUUCUAAGUCCACUGGCAGUGAACCUUCAACGCCAGAGGAUAACAUAAAUGUAGUGGUCAGAGUGCGGCCUUUGAACGAGAGAGAAAAGAGGGAUAGACAUGGAAUGAUUCUGCAGUUUCCUGGAAAUGGGCAAAUUAUUAUCGAAAGUAGUGAGGGCAGUAACAAAAGAUCACGAAAUCAAGAAAAUGUGCACGUGUUUACCUAUAACGUGGUUUUCGAACCUGGAGCUACCCAAGAAGAUAUUCUGGAUUAUUCAGGCAUCAAGCGAAUAAUUGAGAUGGCGAUUGAAGGAUUUAGUUGUACAGCAUUUUGUUAUGGACAAACUGGUUCGGGAAAAACGCAUACGCUAACGGGUCCGCCCGAUCUGUUUAUAGGCAAACCAAAUCCAAACGAUUCCCGGCAUGGACUAAUCUUCCGAUCGUUUUUGUACCUCUUCCAGUUGAUAAAAAAUCGCAAAGACAUCAACUAUGUGCUAAAGGCAUCUUUCCUUGAAAUCUACAAUGAACGAGUAAUCGAUUUGUUGAAUCCAGGUUCAGCAAAAAAAUCUCUUGCAGUCCGUUGGUCGAAGAAGUCCAGAGGCUUUUUUGUGGAGAACCUUUUCACAGUUGACUGUGAGGAAUUGGAUGACCUAUUAGCAGUUCUAGAAGAAGGUAUGAGAAACCGUGCUGUUGGCUCCCAUGCCAUGAACGAUCACUCGUCACGAUCCCAUACAAUGCUCACAGUGCACAUAAUUUCUGAGCAACAAACAGAUGGUGGAGUAUUUAUUUCCAAGCAAGGGAAAAUAAAUUUUGUAGAUCUGGCUGGCAGUGAACUGACCAAGAAAACACUUAGCGAAGGCAAGACGCUAGAAGAAGCAAAUAAUAUUAAUAAGAGCUUAAUGGUUUUAGGAUACUGCAUUGCUUCAUUGAGCGAUAGUAAAAAACGAUUUGGCCACAUACCCUACCGAGAUAGUCAGCUAACCAAACUACUGGCCGACAGCUUAGCGGGUAAUGGGGUUACGCUGAUGAUCGCAUGUGUCUCUCCAGCCCAAUACAACUAUGCCGAGACUUUGAACACCUUACGUUAUGCGUCGAGAGCCAAGCGCAUUCGCACAAAACCUGUGAUUAUGAUGGACCCACGAGAGGCGCUUAUACUGAGCCUGAAGCGUGAUAUAAAUGCUUUAGAAAUGGAAAAUGAUCACCUUAAAGCUGCACUAAAUUUACAUCAUGAGUCGCUCAAGUCGCAAAAUGGAACUCAACAGAAUGGUGAACUCUUGGAAAUGCAUCUGGAACGUGUUGCCACCGGCGGUGUUGCAGUACCGAAAGUUAAUUUGGAACGUUUGGUUGAAUUAGAUGGCAAUGAACUGGCCGAACUGGUAAAGUUAUAUAUGCAAGAAAAUGAAGCUUUACGGCAAGAAAACAAUCAUCUAUUUACGGUGCGAGAAACCAUACUCAGAGAUCAGGAAAUUGUAUGUCGUGAGAAUGAACGACUGCUGAAGAAACUUGAAGACGUCAACAAGGUUUGUGUUCGCUCACCUCUCAUACCAGCACAUUCAGCAAUAGCAGCCGAUUCUGGUAAUGGAACAGCAAGUUCGGAGAUUUGGACAAAUCCCCAGGAUAUAACGAUACAUGAGCGUCCUGCUGAAAUGGAAGGUCGAAUUUCUGAGAAUAAAGAUAAACGCUCUGAUGAAGAUCAACGUAAAAUCGAUCAGCAACGCAUCGCAAAAAAUAUUUUGCUCAUGGCGAAUUCUUUGCAAAAGAAACCUAUUGAGCGAAACGACAAAGAUGAACAAAACUCUGAAGAAAAAAAUAAUAUCGUGAAAGACAAUUCCAAACCGGAGGAAACAGAUUACAUGCCUGACAUGCUGAUAUAAGCGUGUAAAGGGCCGUUACAUAUAGUACCUGAUAAUGCUCAUCGCAACCCGAAGGAUCUCCACUUAUUUUUAUAAUAGCUGUCAACUGAGAUUUGAGCUUUUGGAACCCCGCACUUCAACUUUUGAUCAUGUUCAGGCUAUGCUUUCGACUAGAAGAAAUAGUUUCCACGACAGUCGGUUCUACGUUACCGAAACGACCCGGAUUUGUAUCCGACCAAGGACUGUCACUCCAGCAGCAUUCCCCGUAUGUAAGUAUGGGGAAUGUUUAUGCUGCUACAACAACAGCAACUAGUAGAAAUAUUUAUCAUCUUGACGCUUUUCAGAUGCUUGCAUCGAAGCUAGUCUCUGAUCAGACACAUUAAUAAUAGCAGGUGAUCUUCAAGAACCCUGACAAAGCUUGCACCCAAAUGACUGCUCCACUACUAGACUGGAGGUAUUGCACAAAAUUCGAUAGAUUCUAGCAAAAUUCAGAUCGAAAUGAGGCAUAAAUGUGUACAGGUACAUAAAAACAAAGUGAAAAGAGGCGAUUGCUAUUAACCUUCACGUUUUGGAGUAAGGUUAGUUAGGUUAUAUGAAAUUUCAUAUUUGGCUUUGUCAUAUUGUAUGAUAAAACUUUUCUGAUCUUGUUGAGCAUCCAGUCAAUCUUUCUAGUGAGAUAAACUCUACACUAUACCGGUUUUUUAGAAGACUGACACAAGAAAUUUUCAAAGGACAUCUGAUACAGAAAUCAAACAUCCAUUUCAUAAUUAGAACUCUAGUGUGGGCAUAUAGAUGUAAUCGAUUUUGACAAAUUUGGCAAGAUAACCAAUAUUCGUUCAUAGAGUAAAGUGCUGUCCACAGUAGUCAAGACGGUCCACCUCUUCUGAUUCUGUUGCAGCAGCUUGUCUCUGCAAUGGCAAUUUCAUUGGUAUAGGCAAAAUCCUGUUCAUCGAAAAUCGAUUUCACAGUCAAAUGCUAUAAAAGUGGUGAAAGACCACUUUAGCCCGUAUUUUAUGAACUGGUUAGAAAACUUCACUAGAGUUGUCCACUUCCAAACCUUGCAGGGUGGUGGUCAUGAUCAACUGAUAGGGACUUCUCAAUGAAGGUAAUCAAGCUAUCCAACUUAGUUUCCGUUAUCUUGCCUUAUCGGUAAGCCUAGUGGUAGUUUAAUUACAGUCGGCAUCCAUCUUGGGAGAAAUAAAGUUUCUCACUUCCCUUUCCAGUGAUUUAAGUGCAAAACAGGAUACUGGCAUAUCUAACGGCGCGUUAAGCAUCUUCACGAUAGACUUUGAUGAAGAUCUCAACGAUGAGCAAGUCUCUCCUUUCGAUAAUCAAUUAAAUCUGCAUGCGCCAUUUGUUGUUGUAAUAUUGGGAAGUCGAAAAAGUCUUUUCGUAUUUUGUCAAUAGAUGUCGUUGGAGUCACCUAUCUCCAGUGCUACCAAUCACAUUGUGUCACAUCAUAUGGUGUUAGAAAGGUGACAUUUUAAGCUUCAUUUAACAAAAAAAAAAAAUUAAAUUCGGAGAAGUUGAAAAAAAGUUAUAGCUGUUCAAAAAUUAGUGAAAAUAAUGAAGAAA